AUGGGCUCGGUCGAUGGCGACCACGCAACGGCACAUUGGCAAGAUAUAGUUGCUGAAAAGCAGAGUGCGGCGAAGAAACUGGUUCCACCGGCAUGGUUGCUACCAGCUUCUUUAUUGGAAGGUCUUUCUUUGCCGCUCGAGACCAAUCCAACACGGCUCACUGAGCAAGACUUCCCACGUCGAAGUGGCAUCUUGACUGCCCGAGAACUUGAGAUUACAGAGAGUUACAGCACAGCUCAAUUACUCUCUGGGCUAGCGAAGGGCGUGCUAUCCUCUCUGGAAGUUACCACAGCGUUUUGCAAACGUGCAGCCAUUGCGCAACAGCUCACGAACUGCCUCACCGAAGUCUUCUACGAUGCUGCACUGGCACGAGCGAAGGAAUUGGACGAGUUUCACGCGUCAAAUAGUAGGCCUAUGGGUCCUCUACAUGGUCUCCCCAUCAGUGUCAAGGACAGUUUCAAAUUGAAAGGAGUCGACUCCAGCAUUGGAUUUGUGUCCUUGGUCAACAAGCCCGCCGAGCAGAAUUCUCCUCUGAUCGAUCUCCUUCUGGGGCUGGGGGCCGUAUUGUACGUGAAGACGAACAUUCCACAGACGAUGAUGACGGCAGACUCGCACAACAAUGUAUGGGGUCGAACGCUGAAUCCCCAUAAUACAGCGUUGACCGCUGGUGGCAGCACCGGAGGCGAAGGUGCAUUGAUCGCGUUUCGAGGUUCUCCCCUUGGGAUAGGCACCGAUGUUGCGGGCUCUAUUCGCAUUCCAUCUUUGUGCUGCGGGAUAUACGGGUUCAAGCCAUCUGCUGAUCGGAUCCCAUUUGGAGGCCAACAAUCACCUGUUCUGGACGGAUUUUCCCCAAUCGUUCCAGCUGCAGGACCAAUGGCGAAUUCCUUCGAGGCCUUACAGUUGUUCAGCGAGGCUGUACUAUCCGCAAAGCCGGCACGAUAUGAUUCAACUUGCCUCGAUGUGCAGUGGCAAACCCUGGCACCGCUUCGUUCACCAGCAAGCCUCAAUAUUGGUGUAUUGAUAGAGGAUGCUUCUCUCCCGUUGUACCCGCCCGUCAAAAGAGCCAUGAACACCGCCAGCGCCCUCCUUGCGAAGAAGGGUCACAAUCUCAUUCCCAUCGGCCCUGAAAAAUCUCACAUCGCCGGUCUCGCGGAACUGUCAUGGGCCCUUUUCACCCUUGAUAUGAGAGGGGGGAUGGCGUUUUUCACAAGUUCGGGAGAGCCACCCGUGCCUUCUGUGGCAGCUGGCGCUGCCCCUGUGAGAGGAGAUACGCUAAAAGCUUUCUGGGCCGACUUCGAUGGAAUGGAAAUGUAUGAAAAGAUCGCUGCUCUCGGAAGGGAAAGGCGCAGGUUGAGCGAGGCGUGGAGAAAACUGUGGAAUACGUUGAAGCUUGACGCCGUUAUUUGCCCUGGUGCACAGCAUACAGCAGUUAAGCACGAUUCCUACAAGUAUCCAGCCUACACCGUGUUCUUGAAUGUCUUGGAUUAUCCCUCAUGCAUAAUCCCCUUCGGGAAAGCGAGCAAGGACCUCGAUCCCAAUCCUGAGAACUACGGACAAGCAGGGUCCUACAAUCCGGAAGAAACUGACCAAGCGCCAACCGCAAUCCAAGUUUUCACGCCUAGAAUGAAAGAUGAAUCUUGCUUGCAGGCGGGAAAGCUGAUAGAUGAGAUUCUGAAUCCAUCACAGAGUUAG